AUGUCUUCGCCUAGUAGCCCCCCUUUUCAUUUAAUAAACAAUGCUUAAAACUCUAUUUUUGCUCUGAAAGUUUUCUUCACCUUCUGCUACACUUUUGUUCACUCAUCCCCACAACUCCCCAAGAACUCUGCACACAUUUAGUUCGUCAAUAGAAUCUCAACUUUAAGUUGUAAUAUAUAGGAAACAAAAAUGCAAAACUCUAGCCAGCUCAAGAAUGAAUUUAUCAAGAAAUGGAUUCAGGGUCUUCAAAUAUAUUGUUCUUCAAAGAAGCAAAUGAAUCUUUUGGAAAGAACAAAGAAAAUAAAGCUUUCUGCCGAUAUUGCCUUAGCUUCUGCUAAACAUUCAGCAACUUGUUGGAGUAAAGCUAUAAUCUCGGAGGCCAAGAAAGACGAACGAAACACGAUUCUUCUCAACAAUUUAUCAGCGCCUAAAAUGAACUUCAAGUGCACACACCAAAACUUCGCUUGCCUUAAGAGAAUCAGAAGCAGGAAAAUCUUGAAAAAGAGUUGUGAUGUUGGUAUAAAAAUGAAAAAAUUGAAGCCUCGUCGUCAAGUAUCGAAUUUAGCUACUUGCAUUGCUAAAAGAUUGGUGAAGAAGAGAACUCAAGUGCUUAAAAGACUUGUACCAGGUGGAGAAUCCAUGGAUGAAUACUCCAUCAUUAAAGAAGCAUUAGAUUAUAUACUUUCUCUUAGGGUACAAGUUGAUGUAAUGAAGAAUCUUGUGAAUGCCACCACUAAUUUUGAAUGAAUAAAUUGGGCAUAUAGUGAUUCUUCAAGAAGAUCUGAUUAUAAGAACACUUUCCCCCCUCAUUAAUUGGGCACAUAGUGAUUCUACAUGAAAACCAAACAACCUUUUUACUUUUCUAGGUAUGUGAUUAUACCACACUACUUUUCCACCUAAUAAAGAACCCUUUAGUUUUAAGGCCAUUAAUGAUCCUAACUGGCUGAUAUUAAGGUUCUUGAUCUUCAAGCUCUUUUCGGGCAAUGGCACAUGGGGACUAGUGAUUUUGGCCAUGCAUCAUUUGUGGUUCUAGAUCUACAGUUUGUGUUUAAUUGUGUGAGAGUGGAUGUGUCACAUGGUAACAUGUAUGUAUAGUUGGACACUUAUUUAGUUAUUUCUGGUAAUAUUUUGAAGGCUAUGAGUUUAAUUUCAUGUGCUUCUUGUCAUCUUGUUAAGAUAACAUGUACGAUACACGUAUUGUUUGAGUGACAAUAUGGUAUUUUUGUGCA